AGCACUUCCGGCCCAAGAUGCGGCUCGGGCUGUGUGUGGUGUGUACACGUCCGGGGCUCGAGGAGAUCUGGUGAAUCAGCGAGUGUGGCCCAGGGCUUCGGAUUGUGGGACUAGAACUGAGAAGAGUGGAUUCCAAAUCAUGGCAGUUCCUGAAAGAGAAUCAUAUCCAGCCAUGUCCAGAUUCCUAAAAGGUUGCCCACAAGAAUUGGAAUGUCAUCAAUCUUGCAAAAGUGAGGAAAGUAUAGAGAUACAGAAAGAUUCCUUGAUUGGAACAGGUUUUGACAAGAAAGCUCUUCAAGGGGAGAAAGACUUCAGUGCCGGCUCAAAUCUUGGUACACAUCAACAGAGUACUACCGGACAACUUUAUAAAUGUAAUACAUGUAACAAAAGCUUCAAAUGUUACUCGGAUGUUAUUAAACAUCAAAGAUUUCAUACUGUAGAAAAACCUUAUGAAUGUGGGGAAUGUGGGAAGACCUUCAGUCAGAGCUCAGAUGUUAUUAAACACCACAGGAUUCAUUCUGGAGAGAAACCCUAUGAAUGUAGUGACUGUGGGAAGGCUUUUAUUCACAGCUCACAUGUGGUCAGACAUCAGAGAAUUCAUAGUGGAGAGAAACCCUAUAAAUGCAACGAAUGUGGCAAAGCCUUCAGCCAGGGUUCAAAUCUUAUACGUCAUAAGAGAAUUCAUACUGGAGAGAAGCCCUAUGAAUGUAAUGAAUGUGGCAAAGCUUUUAAUCAGUUUUCAUUACUUGUUGAACAUGAGAGGAUUCACACUGGAGAAAAACCAUAUGAAUGUAAGGAAUGUGGUAAAACGUUCAGUCGAUGCUCAGGUUUUAUAACUCAUCAGAGGAUUCAUACUGGCAAAAAACCUUAUGAAUGUAAUGAAUGUGGAAAAACAUUCAGUCGAAGCUCAGAUAUUAUUAAUCAUCAGAGAAUUCAUACUGGAGAGAAGCCCUAUGUAUGUAAAGAAUGUGGAAAAGCCUUCCGAGGUUGGUCAAGCUUUGUUCAGCACCAGAAAAUUCAUACAGGGGAAAAGCCCUAUGAAUGCAAUGAAUGUGGGAAAACCUUUAUCCGGAGGACCCAGCUUACCAAACACCAGAGAAUUCACACCAGAGAAAACCCUCUUAAUAACCCUCCAUAUUUAUUAAUAGGGAGGAAGGAGAGCUUUGUUUAAUAGAUCAUCCACUUUAGAGAAAUCUCUAAAAUAUUAGAAGUUGCUAGAGAGCAGGUACCUUGUAAUUUUUUUGUAAUUCCUAUCACGCCGUUCCUGGCUUAGCACCCCACAUAAAGUACUAGUAUUUUUUUCAUCAAGAAAUGUUUGUAGGUUAAUUGUUUUGAAACAUGUGUCUAUUUCCCCAUUACUCAGCACUCUCAUAUCUAAGAAGAACUUGGAAUAUAUAGUGAUGUGGAUGUCUAGGGAGGAAAACUUUUUAAGAAGAAAGGGAUUGGGGGGGCAGCUAGGAUAGACCACUGGCCCUGGAUUCAGGAGGACUUGAGUUCAAAUCCGACCUCAGACACUUAACAUUUACUAGCUGUGUGACCCUGGGCAAGUCACUUAACCCCAAUUGCCUCACCAAAAAAAAGAAGAAGAAGAAGAAGGGGAUGUUUUCCCGGACAUUGUGAGGAGUACUACAAGCACUGAGAAGGAUGAGAACUGGGGGAGGUCAUUAAAUGAUCAAGGAGUCUUAAUCAGGCCUCUUUUAUUAACCACAACUCAGGAAUUCUAGAAAGCAAAACAAAGAAAAGUAAGAUGGGAGUAAAUGAUAGAUAGCUUGAGAAUCCUGUCUAAAAUGUUAGAACCUGAAGGACUCUAAGAGAUUGAGUACAAUUCCCUUAUUUUACAGAUGGGCAACGUCUCUCCUCUUUUCCUCCCCAACCCUGCAGGAGCAGAUAAUGGUUCUUUGAUGAAGAAGUGAACUGAAUGUGCUUGAUAGAUCCAAGUGAUCCAGUUUGAGAGGUUUGGAAUCUCACAGACCAACUGAUCAUCCCUGCCAAGAGGUGGCAGCCUCUCAGUUCAGUGGAUGUCAACAGCUGGGAAAUUGGUGGAAUAUCAGGAUUUCCUGGCAGAAUCAGACAUGUGCUUGCCCCCAUGGUCUUAAAGGGAAAUUCACAGGCAACAUUUCCAAAGCCCAACCUUCUUUGUAGAGGAAAGAUCUAAAUUUUCUAGCCAGUGUGAUCAUAGAAACUAAGUUUCUGGUAGAGAGGAGAGAAUUAUAGAUCAUUGCCAUCUAUGGAGAUUGCCUCCAGAGUAACCCCAAGGGUUUGGUGAUCUGACAUUGGAGGGAGAAAAGGGGAGUUUCUGAGCAUUGUACUUCUUGUGGAUAGAAAAGGAUUAUCCAUGUGAUGGGUAAAGUAAUGAGAAAUAGUAGACUUAAAACCACAAUAAAGAGGAACUGGUGACCAGAAUUUUGCUCCCUGUUUUACAGUGAAUAGUUAGGACUGUAGCAAGUUCAAUGAGUGUGUUUGCCUUCCAAGGGGAAGAUCUAAACAGAUUUCUCCUGAGGGGUGCUGUGUAAGAUGUGGGAAAAGAGGUAUUGCACCAGAGUGUCAGGGUCUUGUCAAGUUUGUUAACUUCUAAGGAGAGCUUAGAGGUAACUGAGUUAAGUAUUAUCUGUAACUGUUUAUGGGCUCCUGAGAGGUACCUUUGUACCAUCUAUAUUUUCUAUCUGAUAAAGUAAAGGCUAUCUUUUACCUAGUAUGAAUUUGAUUUCCUUUAGGGCUUGUAGACCUGGGGACCUUGUUGCUCAUAUUUGUGGAAACCCAGACAUAAACAUAUUUGGAUAUUUCAUGAAGUAAAUUCUGUGUGGGGACACAAUGAACCAAAGAAAAUUCUAUCAUUCCUCCCUGUUCUUGUAUUUGGAGAGUCUAAGGUAUGAGUUAAAGUAUAGGGAAGGAAAUAACAUUAAAAGGCAGCUGAAGGGGGCAGCUAGGUGGCGCAGUGGAUAAAGCACCGGCCCUGGAUUCAGGAGGACCUCAGUUCAAAUCCGGCCUCAGACACUUGACACUUACUAGCUGUGUGACCCUGGGCAAGUCACUUAACCCCCAUUGCCCUGCAACAAAAACAAAAAUACAUAAGGAAACAAAAGGCAGCUGAGCAGUGAUCAUUCUUUGUCCUGGAAGACAAGUAAUGAACCAUAACUUCUUUCUCUAGAUCGAAGCAUCUUAAGCUGUGAGUCACAACCCCAUAUGAAGUCAUAUAACUGAAUGUAGGGGUUGCAAAAAAUCUGACAACAGUAAAAGGUUAUGUAUACCUUUUUAUAUAUCUAUAAAAAUUUCUUGGGCAAGAAGGGGUCAGAAGUGGAAAAAUUUUCAGAAUCCCUGUUCUAGAUAGAGGGGGAGCUUGAUAGGUGCAUAUUGUCAACUCUAACCUGUGAAUGGCUUGGGAUGAACAGAGCAGGCUAGAGACAGGAGAGGUAGGAAUCAAAGAGAAGUUAAAUUUUCAAAGUGAGGAAAGUGGCUUGUAAGCAAAGACACAUGUGCUGGAGGCUGCCCCUAGUGGAGUGGCCUGAGGCACUCUGGGGAGAUCUCAGUACUUAUUCCAGUGGCGAGUGAGUGGGUAGUCCUAACAAUGAAGGGUAACAGCAAGAAUGUGACAAGUUUGAUUCAUUGCAGGACUUUCCAAGUUUGUUUAGUAUUCAUCCAGCUCAGAGAACACCUGGUGAAUUACAUGAUUUUGCCAGAGAGUGAUCGCAAAGGAUUAUUGUCUUGCGGAACUCAAGGCACAGGUUGCUUGCUGGGCCCUGGCUCUGGAAAACAGGGUAUUUCCUAAUAUUUUGUCAGUAUAGACUGUCAGACCCAGGAGCUAUUUCAGUAGAUUUUGACUGUUUUCCUUUGUUACAAGGGAGGUUUUAAUGGAAGUAGGGAGGUUGAAGUGGGAAUAUGAAUGAAUAAAGCAUUUAUGAAGUGCUUACUAUAGGCAAAACACUGUGCUGAGAACUGUCAAGACAAAAGACAGUCCCUGCUCCCAGGGAGCCAACACUAUGAGAGAGACAACAUAUAUGGAAAGUUUCUGCUGCAAGUGAAAUGGGAAAGUCCCUUGGGUCUUAACAGUAUACCUGAUAGGAGGAGCAGGAAAUGACUGGUAUAAAAAAAGUCAUGGAUUAAAAUUUUAAAAUAGGGGAGAAGGGGAGUGUGAAGUUAGUUUCUUUCUCACAGAAAAACAUUUUAUUUUAUUUGUUAUAAAUUUCAUUUAAUUUUUAUUUCUAUCUUUUU